GAUGGGUUGACGCUCUCCAGAUGUGCUCCAGGCGUGACCGGUGCCGUGACGGGAAUGUCGUGUGUCUGCUGCGGUACCAAAGCCUCGAGGCUUCCCUCGUUUGGACUCCAACACAGCCCUCCUUGGCUCCUCAGCUUCCUCUUCGCCCUUCAGCACCUCCUGGUUCUGGGAUCCAUGCUAUGUACCUGCCACUACCUGCUUCUUCAGAGUCGCCCAUUGGCCCCGACGGAGCAGAGCCGGCUCCUGGCCAGCAGUCUGUUUGCCUGCGGUAUCGCGACAGGUCUGCAAAGUACGGUGGGAACCAGGCUGCCUUUGGUACAGACUCCGACCUUCGAACUUCUUAUACCAGCCCUGACUCUAAGCCAGCAUUUAGCGGCAGAGAGGACCCCCGGAAAUGAUACUCAGGGAUCCCCGUACUGCGCGGGCAAAGACUGCGACCGGCCCCUGAGCACCCAACAUCUAAUUACACAGGUGUCGGGGGCCGUACUGGUGUCCGGGGCGCUGCAGAUGGUCUUCGGCGUCUCCGGACUCUUGGGGUUGAUCCUGAGGCGCUGCGGCCCGAUGGUUAAAGCUCCUGCUCUCUUCAUCAUUGGACUCUCGAGUUACAAACAGGCCGCCCUGUUCUGUUCCUUCAGUUGGGUCGUCUCGUUACUGGUCAUCUUGAUAACCGGGUUAUUGUCCCAGACCUUCCGCUCCUGCCACCUGCCCAUCUACCUGUGGAACAGAAAAAAGGGGGAGACGAAGCAAUAUAUCCCGGCGAUGCGCAUGUUCUCGAUGUUCGUCCCGAUUUUGUGCACGUGGGGGGUCUGCAGCGCCCUCAGGACGGUUGCGGAGCGUGAAGGGAUUGCGGGCGCCGUCAGAUCAGCAGGGAACGGAUCGACGUCUCUCGCAGCCAAUCCUUUUAUUUCUUUCGCUGUCAAUGGAGGGAAUUCUACGGAUCCAAGCGCCUGGUUUCAGAUCCCUUCUCUGGGUGGCUGGGGUUGGCCGCAGUUCACCCCUCUGUCCGUCUGCGUGGGGGUAGCAAUGGCCCUGACCUCCAGUCUCACCUCUUUCGGAUGUUACCUCCUAUGCGAUCGGAUGGUGAGAUGCCCCUCGGUCCCCUCCCAAGCCUGCAAUCGGGGGAUCUGCAUGGAGGGCGUCGGGAAUAUUCUGUCCGGAUUGCUAGGAAGUGUUUGUGGCGCCGGCUCCAGCAUUCCCAACAUCGGCAUGGCGGGAAUCACACAGGUGGGAUCCCGCCACCCUGUGCAGCUCUGUGCCCUGCUGAUGGUGGCCCUCGGCUGCUCUCCUAAACUGGCGGGAUUACUGAUGGAUAUUCCUUUCGCCGUCCAUGGGGCCGUCCUGUGCCUGACCUACUCCAUGGCGCUGGGUGGUGGGAUCUCCUAUUUUCAGUACGCGGACAUAGACUCCGGGAGGAACGUCUUCAUCGUGGGGUUCACCACGUUUAUUGCACUGCUGGUCCCUCGGUGGCUGCAGGCCGCACCAGGAAUAUUGUUAACCGGAUGGCCGCCGCUUGACCUCCUCCUGAUGGGACUUUUAUGUGUCCCUAUUUUCCUGGGUGGAUUAUCUUCUUUCCUUCUGGAUAACACCGUUUCAGGAUCGCUGCGGGAGCGAGGUUUGCUAUCGGGUCUGGCAUUUGGGAAUCCUGUGCCACAGGAUCAGGCGGAGGAGCUGACACACGCCUAUGGGCUCCCAUUCCACCAUUAUUGCCUCUUCCCAGCAGUGUACCCCUGCAACCAGCUUUGCCCCCGACCUUUAGAAAGACUCGACCCGGCGGAGGGCGAAGAAGACAAACUCCUGAAGACAGCGUUACCGGUGACCGGCGCGGAGCGGGGAUGAACUCUGCACCCGGACUCUUUCACCUUAAAAAAAGCAGUUUUUCCACUAAGAUGAGCAGUCCGGCACUG